CAUUUUCCAUAAACCCUAAAAUAACCCGAAACCCUAGUAACAUAUCUUGACAUUUCUCUAUAAAUUGAAGUUCCAUAGGCCCCCACUCUGAUAAACCCUAAUAUUGUUGCUCUCAUACUAUCUGAAGCGCCGUAGUAGCAAUCAUGGUUGCAACCACACCAACCCGAGGAGGACGCGGUGGCUUUAGGGGCGGCCGAGGAGAUGGCGGCGGGAGAAGUGGCGGACGUGGUAGAGGCGGAGGUAGAGGCGGCGACUUCGGCGGCAGAAGUAGCGGAAUGAAGAGAGGCGGUGGUAGAGGCAGUGGUAGAGGCGGCGACAGAGGCCGCGGUCGAGGAGGCCCCAGAGGUGGUGGCAGGGGAGGACCGAUGAAGGGAGGAAGCAAGGUGGUUGUCGAGCCACACAGACAUGACGGCGUUUUCAUUGCUAAGGGUAAAGAAGAUGCUCUCUGCACUAAAAAUCUGGUGCCUGGUGAGGCCGUUUAUAAUGAGAAGAGGGUUUCCGUUCAGAACGAAGAUGGAACCAAGGUCGAAUACAGAGUAUGGAAUCCCUUCCGUUCGAAGUUGGCUGCUGCUAUUCUCGGUGGAGUCGACAAUAUUUGGAUUAAACCUGGGGCACGUGUUCUUUACCUUGGCGCUGCUUCUGGAACAACUGUUUCUCAUGUUUCCGAUCUUGUUGGCCCUGAGGGUGUGGUUUAUGCUGUUGAGUUUUCCCACAGAAGUGGUAGAGACUUAGUGAACAUGGCUAAGAAACGAACGAAUGUUAUCCCGAUCAUUGAGGAUGCAAGGCAUCCUGCUAAAUAUAGAAUGCUAGUUGGCAUGGUUGAUGUCAUUUUCUCUGAUGUUGCUCAGCCUGACCAGGCAAGAAUUUUGGCUCUAAAUGCAUCAUAUUUCCUUAAAGCCGGUGGCCACUUUGUCAUUUCCAUCAAGGCCAACUGCAUAGAUUCGACUGUUCCUGCUGAGGCGGUCUUUGCCCAAGAAGUAAAGAAAUUGCAGGCUGAACAAUUCAAACCAGCGGAGCAGGUUACCCUGGAACCGUUUGAGCGAGACCAUGCAUGCGUGGUUGGAGCAUAUCGUUUGCCGAAGAAACAGAAGGCUGGAGCCUGAGCAUGGGCUUUGUAACUUGUUUUUUACAUCUUUAUUCACUUUGUCACAGAACAAUUAUGACUUGCUAAAGUAGGCUUUUCACGCUUUUUAGUAUUAUAUGUAUUGUUCAGUUUAAAGUGGGAUUUCAGCAAUUGUUGUUUUGGGUCAUGAAUCUGGUAAUACUCCAUAUUGUUAUGUAUUUGCUUUGAUAUUCGAUUA